AUAGUGAACCGAAUCAGUGAACCAAAGGAACCGGUGCAACCUAAACUCCGGAUCAACCGAAACUAGGUGAAAUCCACCAUUGCGAGUUGAACGUGAGGUCGUGGCAGAUGACACCAAGUGGUCGAAAGGUUCAGGAAUUCACGAAAUUUAUAGUGUGGUGACAAGGACGUCAAGGAAAACAACGCCGUAUGUGCACGGACUGAAACGCAGAUCGGCGUGAGGGGCGGAGACAAAGAACAGGAGCGCGAGCGUGUCCCGGUAACCGAAGAAGGAAGGAAGAAAGAAGAACGAAGCAGCUGCAUUUUGGAUUGGAUCUGGUGUGCGUGGCGACUAUCUGUGAGGUCUGCGAACGUUCCUUGGUGGAGUUGACAGCGCGAUCUCUCGCGUCCAGAGCAAGGACAUGGCGCGGCACGGAGACGACGAAACAGCGAGGCCAGGGGCAAGCACAGAGCAAGCUUAAGCCUCGGGGCCAUAGGCACCGGGACAGCGGCGGUGGCGGUGGCGGUGGCGGCUGCGGUGAGAUUUGCCCCGACCUGGAUCCUACGAUAGCGAUUGCGUGGGCGGCGGGGUGGCGAUGGCGGCGGGUCCUAGCGGCGCAGGCGGACGUCGCCUCCUCGCGUCGCUGCUGCAGCAGCUGCAGAUGCAGCGGCGCGGCGCCGCGCUCAGGUUCAACAGAAGAUUUAACGUCGGCGCGGUAAUGAUUAUAUCUUUCACAGAUCCACGUAGAUCGCUUCUGGCAUCACGAUUCCGUAGUGAAGCACCAAUGGCUGGAGCAUGCGUGCCUAUACCAUCAUAUGUUGACCAUGCAUGGUUUCUCUCCACCGAAGAUGAGGCAACUGUGGAAGCCUCUGGUGCAGUUGCAGCCGGAGCUUUACUAAUCAAUUUAUGUUCAGAUAAUGAUAUGUUGUUUGGCAAACAUAACUUUAUUCAGUCUAACUGA